CCACAGAUCGACCACGUGGUCUUCCUUUGCAUGUCUGAGGUGGACCUCCUUACGCACCCACCACUUCUAUUCAACUCUUCCCCCUCUAUUUAUACCUCUUCAUCACUCUCCCUUUCUCUCCCAAACUCCCCUCCCCUCCCCUCUCUCUCUUGAAUACUGAAAACAGGAAAACAGACCAAGCAAACAUACUCUCUCUCUCUCUCACGAAAGUCACGAAAACAUCACCAUGGCUGCUUCUACAACAGCACUAAAUCCAAACUACUCCGGUAGUUGGGCCAAAACCCAGAUUAUCAAACACCCUUUUUCUACUUCAGUAGAUUUGAGCUUCUCAUCCAAGUUCAUAUCUUUGAAGAAGAAGAAACCCAACAGUAAAACCAAUCUUAUUCACUGCGCUCUACACUCUCCUUCCGUGCUUCAUUUCCCAAAACAAACCUUCCCAAACGCUUUAAUUCCCAGAGAGGACACCACCACCACCACCACCACCGUAGACACCAAAAUUCACCCACCGCACUGGAAUCUCCUCCAGAAAGCUGCCGCUGUCGCCUUGGAUAUGGCCGAGGGCGCGUUGGUAUCACGCGAGCGACAACAUCCGCUACCCAAGACGGCCGAUCCUAAAAUUCAAAUCGCCGGAAACUUUUCUCCGGUACCGGAGCAGCCCGUGCGGCACAAACUCCCGGUUACUGGCACAAUCCCUGAAUGCAUCAAUGGAGUUUAUCUUCGUAACGGUGCGAAUCCAUUGUUUGAGCCGGUAGCCGGUCACCACUUAUUUGACGGUGACGGCAUGAUCCACGCUGUCUCUAUUGAUGACGGCUCCGCAAGUUACGCUUGCCGCCUAACCGAGACGCAGAGACUUGUACAAGAGAGAGCGCUAGGUCGCCCAAUUUUCCCAAAAGCAAUUGGCGAACUACACGGUCAUUCUGGUAUCGCUCGUCUUCUUCUUUUCUACGCGAGAGGACUGUGCGGUCUAGUGGACCACAAAAAGGGCAUUGGUGCCGCGAACGCUGGCUUGGUCUAUUUCAAUGACCGAUUACUCGCUAUGUCGGAGGAUGAUCUUCCUUACCAAGUCCGUAUCACUCAAUCAGGUGAUCUCGAAACUGUUUGCAGAUACAAUUUUGAUGAUCAAUUGAAAUCUACAAUGAUCGCCCACCCGAAGGUCGAUCCUGUAUCUAAAGAGCUCUUCGCUUUGAGCUACGAUGUUGUUCAAAAGCCAUACUUGAAAUUCUUCAAGUUUUCUUCCGAUGGUGAGAAAUCACCAGACGUUGAAAUCCCCCUUCCUGUGCCAACGAUGAUGCACGACUUCGCAAUUACAGAGAAUUUUGUUGUGAUUCCGGACCAGCAAGUAGUUUUCAAGCUUCAGGAAAUGAUCAGAGGGGGCUCUCCUGUCAUAUACGACGACAACAAGAAGUCUCGGUUUGGGAUUCUUAGAAAGAAUGCCACUGAUGCUAAUGACAUGAUAUGGAUUGAGUCACCGGACACGUUCUGUUUCCAUCUAUGGAACGCUUGGGAGGAGCCGGAAUCGGACGAGGUAGUAGUUAUCGGUUCUUGCAUGACUCCACCGGAUUCAAUUUUCAACGAAUCCGAUGAAUGUCUAGAGAGUGUACUAUCCGAAAUCCGGUUGAAUUUGAAAACCGGAUUGUCCACCUGCCGCCAGAUAAUUUCUGAGUCGGAGCAAGUAAACCUGGAGGCGGGUAUGGUAAACCGGAACCUGUUAGGCAGGAAAACCCGAUUCGCUUAUCUUGCCAUUGCUGAGCCGUGGCCCAAGGUAUCGGGAUUCGCUAAAGUGGAUCUUUCAACCGGAGAGAUAAAGAAGUAUUUCUACGGCGAUCAGAGAUAUGGCGGCGAGCCAUUUUUCUUGCCGCGAGACCCGAAUAGUGAAGAAGGUAACGAAGACGAUGGUUACAUUCUCGCGUUUGUACAUGAUGAAAAGACAGGGAAAUCGGAGCUCCAGAUAGCAAACGCCGUGAAUUUACAGUUAGAAGCCUCGGUUAAAUUACCUUCAAGGGUGCCUUACGGUUUUCACGGCACCUUUAUAGAUGCCAAAGACUUGGCGAAUCAAGCACAGAAUAGUGGUUAAAAAGUAAAAUUGGAGCAAAAGUUACUGCCCUAGUGAGGAGAAUUUACCUGAGGGAGCCUUAUUGAGGACAGGUCCCCGGAUUCUCCUGGGCAUUAAAGGCCAACAUCAUCCUUUUUUUUGUCUUUUUGUUAGGUGGAUCAGUAGCAGUGCCACUGCCUUGAAUUUGUUGUCUUUUUUCUAAAGGGAACCAGUUUGUAGCUCUUUUGGACAGUAGAUAGAAAUCGAGCUCAGCUGGUUUCUGUUUCUGCUUUCUUUUUCCUUUUUUUUUUCCCUUUUUCCACUGUGUAUUUUCUUCUUUGUGAAAAUUAAACAUCUUUGGCUCAUUUCUGGUGUGA